ACUAUGUUCCAUUUUUCAGGUUUUCAGGAUGAAUCUGGAAAAACUCAGCAAACCAGAACUACUGACGCUGUUUAGCAUUCUUGAGGGAGAAUUAGAAGCAAGAGAUCUUGUCAUAGAAGCCUUAAAGGCCCAGCAUAGAGACACGUUCAUUGAAGAACGCUAUGGGAAGUACAACAUCAGUGAUCCAUUAAUGGCUUUGCAGAGAGAUUUUGAGACCCUGAAAGAGGGAAAUCACGGUGAAAAGCAACCAGUAUGCUCCAAUCCAUUAUCUAUUUUGAAAGUGGUGAUGAAACAUUGCAAGAAUAUGCAGGAAAGAAUGUUAUCCCAACUAGCUGCUGCGGAAAGCAGGCACAGAAAGGUGAUACUGGACCUGGAGGAAGAGAGGCAGCGGCACGCCCAGGACACGGCGGAGGGGGAUGAUGUCACCUACAUGCUGGAGAAGGAGCGGGAGCGGCUCACCCAGCAGUUGGAGUUUGAAAAAUCCCAAGUGAAAAAGUUUGAAAAAGAACAGAAGAAGCUGUCAAGCCAGUUGGAGGAGGAGAGGGCACGCCACAAGCAACUGUCUUCCAUGCUUGUAGUGGAGUGCAAGAAAGCCACUGCCAAAGCAGCUGAAGAGGGGCAGAAGACAGCAGAAUUGAGCUUGAAAUUGGAAAAAGAGAAGAGUAAGGUGAGUAAACUGGAAGAGGAGCUGGCGUCCAAGAGGAAGCGGGGUUUACAGAUGGAAGCACAAGUAGAAAAGCAGCUCUCAGAGUUUGACAUUGAAAGAGAACAGCUGAAAGCCAAGCUGAACAGGGAAGAAAACCGUACAAAAGCACUCAAAGAAGAGGUGGAAUGCCUGAAGAAAGCCCUGAAAGAGCUGGAGGCUUCUUGCCAGGAGCACAGUCCUACCGAGCCUUUGCAGGCAAGCCCCUCGGUGAUGUCCAGAGGUGUUGCAACUGACAGUCCCACGGUGAAGUCCGUGUCUUGCCAGACAGAGUGUCUGCAGGCAGACCGAGCAAAUCCUGCCAGCACAGGCAAAGCUGUACACAGCGUGUUUCCCAGCCCUACUACACCUACUCAUUCCUAUGCAAAAUCCAAUGGUCAUUGUGAUACAGACAUGCAGACGGGUAGCGAGCUACUGCAGACAAAUGCAGCAGAGAACCAAGUUCAAAAAGAGAAAUCUGCUGGUGCAGCCUCAGAAAACGCAGUUGAGAAUGGGAGUUCUCCUGUAAGAACAGAGUCACCGGUGCAUCUGAUGUCCCAGCUCCCUUCUAGUGGGGUCUCCCUGUCUCCGAGUGGCACAGCUGCCUCCUCUCUAACACCUUCUCCCUGCUCCUCACCGGUUCUGACUAAACGCUUAGUGGGAGCUUCAGCAAGCAGCCCUGGUUACCAGUCAUCCUACCAGGUGGGGAUCAAUCAACGUUUCCAUGCAGCUCGGCACAAGUUUCAGUCCCAAGCUGAACAGGACCAUCAGUCAAGUGGUCUGCAGAGCCCGCCGUCGCGGGAUUUGUCUCCUACUCUAGCGGAUAACUCUGCCGCCAAGCAGUUGGCCCGCAAUACAGUCACUCAGGUCCUUUCCAGAUUUACCAGCCAGCAGGGACCUAUUAAACCUGUCUCCCCUAACAGCUCGCCUUUUGGCACGGACUAUCGAAAUCUGGCAAAUGCUGUGAGCCCCAAAAACGAAUCUGGUCACUCUCCAAGCCCUGGCAAGGUCUCCAGUCCACUAAGCCCGUUGUCUCCUGGAAUUAAGUCACCAACCAUUCCUAGAGCAGAAAGGGGGAACCCUCCACCCAUUCCUCCAAAGAAACCCGGCCUCGCUCAGUCACCCGCUGCUCCUACUCCACUAACCAAAACCUCUUCCCAGGCACCCUCUCUGGGUGCCCCCAUGGACGUGGCAAGUAGCUGCUCUAACAACACUGUAGUGUCAAAUGGCAAAGACAUCGAGAUCCUCCUGCCAACUAGCAGCUAGUCUCCAGAGAAUGUGAACGUGACAUUCCAUGGCUUAGCAUCCUAGAGCUAAGACACUGUUUUUCCACUCCAUGUUAUUUAUUUCCAUAGUAGCAGAUUCUGUCUGUAUAAAGCAUUUAGUAUAUUUUUUCUUUUUUAAUAGGUAGGAAAAUAUUUUUGUUUAUGAAGAAACCUUAACUACAGCUAUACAGUAGCCUCAAAACGUCUCAUGGCAACAGUCAAAUCAUUAGAGAUAACAAGAACCAUAAUCAUGUGGUGGGACCUAACUAUCAAACUCUAAUGGGACUGAAGUGCUACUUUUAAAUUAUGCAGAAAUAACUUUUGCAGACUUUUUACUCCAGAUGAACAUUUUUAUAUAAAGUGCCUGAACUUCAGCCUGCAAUAUGAAUGUGAUUCUCUGAAAAAGGUGAGGAGGGGGACCAUCUAAAUGCAGAAACAAAAUUCUUCUGAGAGUCCUGAAUGUUGAAACCAACACUGGUUUUCGUUUUAAUUCUUCCCAUUUGCUAAAAUAAGUUAGCAAAUGUGCUACAAAUUCUGUAAGGUGACCGCCAGACUGACGCAGCCAGCCACACUUUGUCCUUUAGGACACAGCUCCUAGCUAUUUGAGGAAGCACACAAAAGUUUCUUGGGGUAAAAUUUAGUCGUAGUACAAUCCAGAUUACUUUUCUCUCAGUAUUCAUUGCCCAUGUAGUUCUUCUUGCUUUCCUGUAACACAUUCUGCAGCGAUGCCUGUGUGCUUUAGAUGACUAAACUCUGGUUUCUGGUGUGUCACCUUGAGUUUUCAAGCUCUUCAAGCAUUCUACUGUUGUGUGUAGAACUUCUGAGAAAAGGAUCUUGCUAUUACUUGACAAAGAUCUCGCUAUUACUUGAAAAAAAAAACACUAGUCCAUAGGAUACAGGUUUUUUGCAACAGUAACAUGGGAUCUUCUACUAGAAACAAAAGCAAUAAUUUUGUUCCUCGUCUCUAUCAGUUGUGUCUGGCUGACCUGGAUUUUACCCACUAGUUAGCAAUGGGAUCUUGCUGGCUUUCCUUGGCUGCAAAUAUGGAACCAAAUCAUUACUGUCAUGUAAUUGAAUAUGUAUAUGUGUGUAAGUAGUUUCAUACACAUACAUACUAAAUACGCAGUGUACUAGGAAAAUCUUUAUCUGUUCUUGGUGAUCUGCCUAAUAUGAAGAAAAUGUGGGAAUUCAUUGAGAUUAAAAAAAGUCAUUUAGUGAGGAAUUGCCUAAGUUUGAGGCAAAUCAUGUGUGUGAAAUAUUAUUUGCGCCCAGGAGGGGAGAAGUGACUGAUUCCUGCGCAGAAGCGUUUGCUGUGAGAAGCGCAGUCUUCACCGCAGACGUGCUGCACGGUGGUUGUCUGAGUCACUGCGGUGAGAAAGGCAAAACAAACGCACCACAAAUCAGUGGCAGAGCACAACCCUGAGUUAAUUAUCUCAGGUGCUGUAUCUGAACUGAUCCUAAAUUUAGAAACUGGACUCGCUGCUCAGUGUCAGUCGAUGUUCAGCAUUUCCCUCUGCAGCAGGGUCACGUUUACGCAGAGCACAGCUUCCCACUGCCAGAGACGCCUUCUCCUUGGUCAUUUUUCAAUAUUUGAUUAGACAAAAUACAUCCACCUUUAUUGUAGGAAGGAUCCCUGCGGCAGCUGGGAGGACGCACUACUGUACCUG